GAAGAAAAUCGCGGUGUUGACGGCGGAAGACUCGUCCGCGAUGAAGCAAUUGUCUUUCAUCGCCCUGAUUUUAUUACCAGUUACGGUCGUAUCAGUAAGCCAAGAUAGGCCCCGUCGAGCAUUGUUGUUGAAGAGAGGCAGAACCCGAAUGCGCUGAUCGGAUGUUGUAACCAAUCAUGUUUUAUGCAGACCGUUCUCAGUACGGACAUUGUCAAGUUUCAGGACCUUUCGAACGAAAACGAGAAUGCCACCCGAGGCACGUCCGAAAGCCCCGUUCCGACGUACAACUUUUCGGUGGCGGCCUUUGGCACAUGGGCAGUCGCCAGCGUACUCAUGACUAUCGCUACUUUAGUCCUUGUCAAGCCGGUAGGGAACCCGAGGAGGCAAGGCGGCAGCAGUGUAGAUUCUGUGACGCACGAACCUCUCAUGGCGGAAACAAGGAGAUCUCGACUGAUGGCGCUUUUGUCUGAUGCGUGGAAUAUUCGAGACAAGUUCGACUCAGCCGUAGACUCUUCGUCCAGCAAUGCCAGGCCCAGGCCACCGAGCCCGGUGACUUCGGCACUCGCGACUUCGAUACACACGGCUCCGAUAGUCGUUAAGACGGCAUCAAAAUCGCGAGAGAUUCCGGUGGUGGAUGGAGACUCUCCCGUGCGUGCCGAGUCGUCUCAAACUUGGACGUCGAUGGGGUGCUGGCUGGGUGAUGCUUGGAACAUAAUGUGGCUGUUUGCAAAGGAUAAGCUGAACAUGACGGAGAUGGCGACGACACCUCUACCACGAUGGGAUAGUCGAAGAGACGAGGGGCGAGAAGAUGGGCAGAAAUCGCGGGGAGAGGGUUCGUGAGUGCAUGGUGUCUUAGCAUGUUGGUUUAAGGCACAAGGUUAUCCGAAAGGUAAUGUAAGGUAGGGUCGCAUCGUCUAAGUGUUGGAUUCGGAGAAAUAGGAUCGGGCACGGCAGAUUGACACAUGCCAGAUCCCCUCGGUCCCUUGCUACCCUCCGAAUCUCCAAGGCUGCAAGGUUAUCUGACAGACUCAGCUCCUGUGA